AUGAACUUAUCGAGCUCCAUCGUUGACUUAAGGGAUUUUUCCGCAUCCUUCGUGUCUCCUUUGCCCUUACCACCACCCGGCUUCCCAAACCCUGUAGCAGCAACCACACACACUCCCUUCCCGACACAGACUGCUGCUGCUCCAGCUGUUGACGUGCUUCGCAUUGAGAAGGACGCGCCACACAAUGACGUGGAUUUGAGUACCCAGCGUUUCCGCUUCAAACCCUUGUCUGAAGAGUCUACGAUUUUCUCCCGUCGUAACAUCGUUGGCGCUGCUGCAACUGGCGCAGGCGCAUCUCUCCUUGUGCUCGCUAAUCGCUCGAGGCCGUUCGGUGGCGGACUAGAAAACAUUGAGGGCCGUUCAUACUAUGUCGUCCAAAGGGGUGACUCGCUAUCCGCUAUUUCUCGCACCUUCGGGUCUUCAGUGGAUGUGAUUGCACAGGCUAACAACCUGCGGUCUGAAACUAUCCAUAAAGGAGAGACACUGUGGAUUCCGCGCAUGUAUACUAUCCAGCAGGGUGACACUCUUUAUGGCAUUGCAAGAAAGUACUAUACUACAGUGGCAGCGAUAUUGGAAAUCAACAACAUUGAAGACCCAAACGUGAUAAAGGCUGAUGAUGUGAUCCUCAUCCCAUAA